AUGGUGGUGCUGAAAGCAGUGCGCUCCUAUGCGGAGCUCUCCAAGGUGCUGAUCCCUCUCUGCUGCGCUCUGCUCCUCCUUGGCUCCGCACCUUGCUUAGCCCAGAACGACACCGAGCCCAUCGUCCUGGAGGGCAAAUGCCUGGUGGUGUGCGACUCCAACCCGGCCACUGACAACAAGGGAUCUUCCUCAUCCCCUCUUGGGAUAUCUGUCAGGGCAGCUAACUCCAAGGUUGCCUUCUCAGCUGUCAGGAGUACCAACCAUGAGCCGUCUGAGAUGAGCAACAAAACUAGGAUAAUCUAUUUCGACCAGAUCUUAGUAAAUGUGGGUAACUUUUUCACGUUGGAAUCAGUGUUUGUGGCCCCAAGAAAAGGAAUCUAUAGCUUCAACUUUCACGUCAUAAAGGUUUACCAAAGUCAAACAAUACAGGUUAAUUUGAUGCUGAACGGGAAACCAGUCAUUUCGGCCUUUGCUGGUGAUAAAGACGUAACUCGAGAGGCGGCGACCAAUGGAGUUCUCCUGUACUUGGAUAAAGAGGACAAAGUGUAUUUAAAACUUGAGAAAGGCAACUUGGUCGGCGGAUGGCAAUAUUCUACGUUCUCUGGUUUUCUGGUGUUCCCUCUGUGA